GGUCAACUGGUUACAAUAUAAGCCAAUAUCUGUAAGCAUGUAUAUGUGAAUAUUUGUGGUCAUACAUUCAUAAACAUAAUACUCAUUUCCGUAGGGGUACUAUCAAGCAGCCGUUGAUCCUAGUUACAUACAGUACAUUUACAUUAAUGAAUAUACAUAUUCCACUUUGGCAUAUAUCUGUCUUCUCUCUGUUUUGAUAUAUAGAUUGUCCAUGUUUCUUAAAAGUCUCUUCUUCUCUUCUAAUUAAUAAUAUUACUUCUGGAUCUCUCAUAAUUCUGCUUGAAAAGUUAAUGGAACUUAAUGUUUGGAUUACUGUGGAUAGGUGCUGUUCCCUUCUCCAUUGGCUGCUAUGCGGUGUAUGUCAAUUUGGAUAAGCUGUGGCAGGAGCGUCAUGUUCGCUUCACAUCUUUGCAGAACUUCAUCAAUGGCUGUCUUGCAGCAGGAGUCGCUCAGACGCUCUCCUUCCCCUUUGAAUCUGUCAAAAAGAAGAUGCAGGCCCAGAGUUUUCUUUUGCCCCAUUGUGGAGGAGUUGAUGUCCAUUUUAAUGGAAUGAUAGACUGCUUCAAACAGGUCAUCAAGAACAAGGGCGUCAUGGCUCUUUGGAGUGGCCUUACAGCCAACAUGGUGAAGAUUGUCCCAUAUUUUGGCCUGCUUUUCAGUUGCUUUGAGAUGUGUAAGCAAGUCUGCCUUUACCGGAAUGGCUACAUAAUUUCUCCACUAAGCUACAAGCCUAAACCAGGCGUGGACCAGAGCCUAGGCCCAUAUGAACUGCAGGAGUUUAAGCACUACCUGAGAAACAGAAAAUCACACAAAGCACAGAGUUCAUCCAUAGGAAACCGCUGGUAACUAAUCCAAGAGGAGUUAUCAGUAAUAAACAGAACUCUGAGAAGUGCAUUGAUAAUGAGUAUAAGGUGUUUGCACUGCUGGAAGGCACGAUGUAUUAUUCACAGUUGUACCUCUUAUUGUAUUUAACUUCCGAUAUUAAGGAUUCUGCACAUGCAUACUUGAAACAAGUUCAUUUCGUACAUUCUACAGUACCUCAAACACAUCAGACUUACAGACUUGCACUCCACCGAAAGAGUGUUUUUAUGAACUGUGGAAAUGUAAAACCUCUGUUUUAAUCACUUCUCAAGAAAUAUGUUGAACAUAAUUUCAACAGUAUAGAGCAAUGCCUUUGUCAAACAAAGUAUUAGUCUUUUACUGGAUUUUAGCUCUUGGGCUUUUUUAAAAGUCUUCUGUUAUUUAUAAACCACAUGCUUUUAAAGUCAUCGUUUUUGCAUUUGCAUAUUUGAUCAUAUAUGGCAGUAUGAUUUUGAAUGUGCAUUGUAAUGGAGUAAACAUCAUGCUGAUCUGGACACAUGGUAACCCAGUAACCACUGUUACUGUUAUUUGUUUAUAAAUAUCAAGGAAUAUUGAUAAUAUAUCAAGCAAUAUCAAGGCAUUUUUAAAAUGUGGCACAUGUUAAGAUUAAAUCUUUAAGCACAUUGUAAAAAUUAUGAAGUUUAAGAAAUAAACAUAUCUUAGUCCUUAUUGUCAUAUGUUAUUAUCUGCUGUAUAAUAGUAUUAUAUAAUACAAACAAAAUUGAAUUGCAUUAGUAGAAUUGGUAGUGAUGCAGAUAGUAUUGAUUUUGUAUUGCGUUGUGUAGUCACAUGUUCCCAAAUUGGACCACUUGCUUUGCCACACAGUCAAAAGUCAUGUGAAGGACUUCGUACUGACAUGUUGGCCUUUUUUCUUUUACACAUAUGCCCUUGGAGAUUAUUAACUAAAGACAGUCAGCGAUCGAGCUAGUGACA